UAUUAUGUAACAACACAAGAAUGAAGACCUACUGUAGCCCUGUGGGCCCAUACCCACUCAUAUACCCGUCCAAUCUAGUAUAUUCCAAGUUGCCCAAAGUGUAACUGUGUAUACCUGAGUAAACUUACUUAUUGCUAAGUCAUUUCUUCUCUCGAGGGAAGUUACUUGAAGCCACUGAGGGGAUCUUGAUCCAAGGAAUUGUAUCUGUGCUUGUUUGAAUCGAAUCUGAAUACCUCCUUUUUCCCUCUAGGUGCUGUAUUAUCCCCGUCAACAAUGUAUGACCCUGGAGUAUACCUGGAGAGGGUUUUGGGGGGUCAACGCCCCCACAACCCUGUGACCAGGCCUCCUGCUAAGAAAGGUUCUAUACAUACAUAACCCAACAAGUUUGAGGAUUCCUGCAGUAUUUGGAAUAAAUUGUGAUGCACAUGUCUUCAAGAGUUAUCAACAAACUGGGAGUUGCUGCUGCAUUUAUACUGGGAGCAGUAGCUGGUAACCAUAUCCGAAAAUACAGAGAAAAAGUAUCAUUAGCAACAUAUUCAGGAAACACAGUUGAACUGACACAAGAGGAUGCUGAUGAAUGGUUUAUUGAGGAAAAGCGCAGCAGCAUCAUUGCUAAAAUUUAUCACAGGCUGCAAGCUGUGUCCGACAACACUGCCAUACGCGACACUGUAACAGGAUCCUAUAUGAAGAUUGGAAAACGAAUAUGCCAGCAAUACCUUCAAUAUCGAGGCUUGCUGGAAGGAUCUUCAGAGCUGUGGAUAAAAGAUUGGCUUAAUGAAACAGAUUGGAUAGAUUCUGUGGAUUUUUGGACCAGACUGCCCCCUCUACAAAUCUUAAGUUCACCCACCUACUUUGCCACACUGUAUGCUGGAGUGAGGGCGCUCUGGUAUAUAAGCUGCUCCAGUGACUUCAAUAAAAAGAACUCUUUUCUUGACUAUGAUCUGGCAAUGACUCUUAAACAAGUUGUUGAUGAAAAAGAUGAUUAUGUAACUCCACUUGCACUCAAGAUUAUUGCAAAUGUUAUAGCUAUGAAAAAAGAUCUCCAUUUUCUGCAUGAAACAGGUUUGCUGGACACCCUUACACAUUGUGCUAAUGACAAAGAAUCCCAAAUUUUUCUACCUGCAUGGCGGGCUCUGCACAAUCUUAAAGUAACAAAUGAAACUAAAUCAGCUUGUAAGAAUUUGUACUUAGAAGGGGUUUACCCCUUUGUUUUGCCAGAUGAUAAUAAGGCACCUUUGCUAGACAUCAUACUGGUUCAUGGGAUUAAAGGUGGAGCAGCAUGGACAUGGCGUCAGCAUGAUCAACAGAGAUACAGGCCACUCUUAUCACAAGAAAAACGUAGAAAUAUUCUCAAGGGACAGAACAUAGAAGAUGUAGACGAAUUUUACACUUGUUGUUGGCCAUUGGAUUGGUUAGUUCCAACACUUAAAUUGCCAGUGAGAGUAAUUGCUGUCAACUUUAAGUGUGGGUGGUGGAGAUGGGAGAGCGAGUGUUCAACAGAAGGAACUGGAAAAUCUGUUAUUGAGCGCAGCAGAGACAUGGCACAUGCAUUAGCAGCAGCAGGGGUUGGUGAACGACCAAUUAUAUGGAUUUCCCAUUCCAUGGGUGGUCUUCUAGUUAAAAACAUGCUGGUAGAAUUAAAAAGCAAAUCAUCUGGAGAUAAUGAUGUCUUUGCUAAAGAAUAUAGCAAAGAAGAGUUUUUCUCACAAGUAAAGCAUAACCAGUGGGAAGCUAACAGUUUUGCCAAGCAGACCAUGGCUAUAGUCUUCUUCAGUGUCCCUCACCAGGGGUCUCCAUUGGCCACAUCUGUUACACAGGGAGUGCUCCGCCAGGUGUUACAACCAGCAACAGAACUAUGUGAAAUGAGGACGGACAACCCAGCCUUACACCACCUCAAUCAAGUAUUUGUGAGUUUGGCAAAAGCACAGAGUAUAGCUGUUCUGACAUUAAAUGAGUCAGAACCUGUACUACAUAAAACUACUGGUUAUCCUCUUCAUUUUAUUCCACCUGAGUUUGGCGAUCCUGGAAUUGGAGUAUUUCAUAAAAUUGACGCAACUCACCUCGAUAUAUGCAAACCGUUAAAUAGAAAAGCUGACUCCUAUCAGAAAGUUGUUUCCUUUCUGCAAGCUGUCCUAAGUAAGUUAUGAAGUAAUGCUGAAAUGUUUGUUGUUAUAUUCACAAAAAUGUGCAAAACCCAUGUGGACACUAGGACUAAUAAUGAAAAUUACUAUUUUGGCAGUCACAACAUUUUAUAUUAUACUUAUAUCCAGUAAAUAAUAAUCUAUUCCUAUGUGUUGUUGAGAAACUACACAAUUACUCCAUUUAACAGAGGGGUUCUUGAUCUGAGGAACUUGAUUCUCUCUCAUCCUUAGAUCAAACCUGAUUGCCUCCUAUUUACCCUGGUGCUCUAUGAUUCUGACAGGAUUAUUGCUUUCCCAUGAAUAUAAUAAUGCAUUAUAUUACUGCACAAUCAUACUUUAUAUCUAGAGAAGAUAAAGAUUGUAGGAAUUCCUCUAAAUCAUCAUUAUAUAUUGUACAUUAUUUUUGUAAAUAUGUAAAGGGAUUUGUUUUACAAACUGUACUAAAUAAUAUUGGUGGAGAUAAUGACUACCUACCUACUUUGAGUCUACCUGGAGGGUAUUCCGGGGAUCAAUGCCCCUGCGGCCUGGUCCACAACCAGGCCUCCUGGUGGAUAAGGGUCUGAUCAUCUAGGCUGUUACUGCUGGCUGCAAGUAGUCCAAUGUACAAACCACAGCCCGGCUGAUCCUGCACUGACUUUAACCCUUAAACUGUCCAAACGUAGAUCUGUGUUUGCACGCAUAGAGCUCCGAACUUAGAUCUGUUUUAUUUUACAUUCCUUCAAAUUUGGCACGAUAGGCCUGAGUCGCCUAGACACGAGAGAAUGGGUCUGCGCCCUAAUUAUUAUUAUUAUUAUAAUCAAAAAGAAGCGCUAAGCCACAAGGGCUAUACAGCGCUGCAGUCUGCGCCCUAAGUGUGUGCAGUAUGAAAAAAAAUCAGGGACGCUGGGGUACCGCUUGGUAGCACCAGUUAAUUUCAGCUCCAUCUUGGGUUAACAUCAUGGCAAACCCCUGUGAUUCACUCAUACCUCAUCAUAUUAACACUACUAUUCUUGGAAAGAGUAACAGAAUGCGAGUUUAGUGAAUUUAACACCAAUAUAGCCACUAAUGUUCAAGGAAUUAGUGAAACUAUUGAUAACCCAGAUGACCCUCAGCCCAUCACCUCUGGGGUGGUUAGUGUGGACAGUGUAGCCAUACAAGACCCUCAGCCCAGUACCUCUGGGGUUGCUAGUGUUACUACCCAGAGGAAAUUAUCAUUUUCCAAGCCUUAUGAUGCUGACAGUGGUGAAAGUGAUAUAAGUGAUGAUGAUGAAAUCGAUUUUAUGCCCAUAGAGGAUUCGUCGAGUGACAGUGAUUAUCAUUAUUCCCCAGUGAAACAUACUUUUAGGCAUUGUAACCUACAUUCAGGCAGUGUGCCAUAUGCAGUCGGCGGCAAGGGUCAUGGCAGGUCACGAUCCUAAACCCCAACUAGUAAUAGUGAUCAUGAAGAUGAAUAUGCUGGGAUGGAGGAAGAGGAGGUUGGUGGCAUGGUACCUGGACCUCGUGGCGCUGUGGGUGGGAAGACAAAGGACCAUUCGACACCCUCUCAACCAAGUGCUGCCACCACACCUGUCCUCCCUCCUGCUCCCCCAUGCCACAGGUCCACCCUGCACCAUGUGACUGCAAAUGGAACUAGACAGAAAGUACACCAUUCUUGCCACAUCCUUUCAAUUUUGAUGCCAGUGGAAGUGGUAUCAUGCCAGUGUCCCAUCACAAAUGAGUACAGAGACUAUUUUCAACUAUACUUUGAUGAGCCAAUAAUGAACCUAAUUGUUACCCAGGAAAAGUUGGUAGAUUUAUCUAUAACUUCAUAAAUAGAACACAAAAGAGUAAUAGUAAACAGAGUAAAGUCAGAGGUGGCAUCAGUGAAAAGCUCUGUCAUCCUCGUAUCCGACAUAAACAGAGAUGUAAGCCAAAGCACCAUGUCUUCCUUUGUGGAUGACACCUGAAUUUGCAUGUCAUCCAUAGAAGAUCCCACAAGUCUCCAAGCGGACAUCAACCAAUGAAGACAGAUUUCAAUUACUCCACUAUAGAAAACAAACUAUAGAAAUUAAAAUUGUAUCAGAGUAUAAAAAAAAUUCCAACCACAUAAUAGAGCAAAAAAACUAAUGUGAAGGACAUGGGAAUGAUAAUGUCAGAGGAUCUCACUUUCAAAGAUCACAACAAUGUAUCUACCACAUCUGCAAGGAUGGGUAAUGAGAACCCUUAGAACUAGAGAUGCCGAGCCCAUGAUUCUCUUCAAGUCGCUUGUUCUCUCUAGGCUGGAAUAUUACUGUACACUAGGGAGACACGCUCUCCCAUCUCUGCAUUGGCCAUAAUUGCCUUACCCAUGGGUAUCUCAUGGAACGACACCCUAUUCCUCUCUCUGAGGUUUGUCUGGUUCCUAUAGCCCUUGUGGUUUAGCGCUUCUUUUUGAUUAUAAUGAUAAUGUCAAGUUCCUAUUUCAGUUCUUCACUUUCUUGUAGAUUGCCUGGUUUACCAGCGGACUCGCAGGAUUUACCUCCAGUGAUGCUGCCGCCCUACCACUUUUACCUUAUCUUCCCUUCUUGCAGACGCCCUGCCUAUGACUUGUAGUCACUUUUUGUCAGCAACUGCUUUACUAUACAAACUUUAACACACAGCCCUUCCACCCCUUUUCUCCCCUCACCUCUGAUCCCCUUUCCACCUAGCUGUUUAUAGCCCCAGCACUAUUUUCUGCCGUGCAGCGCUGUAUGACCCUUAUCAGUUUAGCUUUUUUUUUUUUUUUUAACAAGUCAGCUGUCUCCCACCAAGGCAGGGUGACCCAAAAAGAAAGAAAAUCCCCAAGAAGAAAAUACUUUCAUCAUCAUUCAACACUUUCACC